CCACCGGGCGGAAUGAGACACAGCAGUAAGCCGCUCCUCAAACCUCAUAGGCUCGCCCAUCACCGGGAGGCUUCUGAUUUGCCGGCGGUGCAAUUGCGUCGCGUUGCGUGUACAUGACAUCAUGCGUCUAAGCCCCGCCUCUUAGGCGGGGUUUCUGAUCGGUUUCCGCCUGUGGAACUAGAUCCUCAUUGGCAGGAGAGGCACAGAGCACUGGCCCAUUCGAGGGAGAUCAGACAGGAGGAGCUUUCCGAUCACAACACUUUCGCUUCCUUGGAUUGUGAAGCUUGGGCUGCUCUCGGGUUGGUUUCAGCGCGGGACCGAACAUGUUGUGGAAAUUAGCUGACAAUGUCAAAUAUGAAGAAGACUGCGAGGACCGACACGAUGGCACCAGCAACGGAACUCCGAGAUUGCCCCAACUCGGGGCAGUUACCCAGCACUUGUAUUCCGCGGCUCCUCCUCUCUCUCAUACCCCGAGCUCCGAGUUCCAACCGCCCUACUUUCCCCCUCCGUAUCAGCCCUUAGCCUACAGCCAGCCCUCGGACCAUUACCUGGGCGACCCUUACUCUAUCAACGUCUUGCACCACCACCACCACCAGCAGCAACAGCAGCAGCACUCGGGCUGGCAGGCUCGCCAGAACCCGGAGGUUCUGUCUCAGCAGCAGCGAGGCGGGCUGGCGGCUCAGCUCUCAGCCCUGGAGCCCAGGAGGGAGAUCCGGCGCCCAGACAUCCUCAUCCCCGGGGCUCAGCAUAUGGACACGGCCUUGGCAGGAAACCUCAACAUGCACGAUGUGGUGCAUACAAUGGAGGAGGUGCAGCACACGGAAGAGCCGAGCCUGCUGGUCCAGGAUCACGGAGUUAUAAAGAAAGGGCCAAUAUCAAUGUCCAAAAGUACAGCAUUGUCUGCACUGUCCUACCAGAAGGACAAUUUGACCGGGGGAGUUACCAAUCCCAGUGAAGUCUUUUGUUCAGUUCCUGGUCGGCUCUCGCUCCUGAGUUCCACAUCCAAGUACAAGGUGACGGUGGCAGAAGUCCAGAGGCGCUUGUCUCCACCUGAGUGUCUGAAUGCAUCCCUUCUUGGGGGAGUUCUACGGAGGGCAAAGUCAAAAAAUGGAGGAAGGUCGUUACGUGAGAGGCUCGACAAAAUAGGGUUAAACCUUCCUGCCGGGAGACGGAAAGCUGCCAACGUGACCCUGCUGACCUCUCUAGUUGAAGGUGAAGCUGUGCAUCUAGCCCGUGAUUUUGGUUAUGUGUGCGAGACGGAAUUCCCUGCAAAAGCAGCAGCAGAGUACCUGACUCGACAGCAUAUAGACCGCAGUGAGAUCAGCAGCCGAAAGAACAUGUUGCUUGCAGCAAAGCAAAUCUUCAAGGAGUUCACUGACAUGCUGACCCAGGACCGGUCUCCCUUGGGGAACACCCGCCCUGGCCCAAUCCUGGAACCUGGCAUCCAGGGCUGCCUCACCCACUUCAGCCUCAUCACGCAUGGCUUUGGAAGCCCGGCCAUCUGUGCUGCCAUGACCUCACUGCAGAACUACCUGAAUGAAGCGGUGAAAGCCCUGGACAAAAUGUACAUGACCACCGGCAGUGGCCACAGCCCACAGGAUAACCCCAACAAAACAGCAGACAAAGAUGAGAAACACAGGAAAUGAACUUUCGGUCACCAGCUGGCGGACUUUACCCCCUCCCCCACUUUGCAUCUGGGGCAACCUGAACAUGGUCAACACCCAACAACAACAGAGAAACAAAAUGGCACCUGACAGUAAGGUGCUGUCUCGUACCUCCUGUGCAUCAUCAAAUGCAAGACUGCAAACCUGCACUAUUCCAUGACCAACUGUUUCAUUCAUAUACCAAAUAUCAAACACAAGCAGCUCCUUCAAAGUUUAAAUGUUUUAUCUUUGGGUUUCCAAUGAGAUCCUGGACUUAUAUUUGCCAGUGUGAGAGUUGAUGAAACAACCUGGCCUCCUUUGCAGUGUUGAUGGUAUCUAGAGUAUCACUUUCACCAGCUCCUCAAAGGCCACAAACCCACUCUCCAACCCAAGAAAGGCUCCAACACACUGAACAAGCACAAAGUAUUGGCACCAGGGUCUGUGCCAACAGUUGGUGAGCUCUUGGUUUCAAAAUUGCCAUCCUGAGUUGGUGAGAGGGGCCUGGGCACUUCUUCAAAGAAAGAGAAGAAAUAAAACCCAGGCUUUGUGAAACUUCAGGCCCUUUGAUAUUAGUAGAGCCCUUUCAGUUGACUGUGCAUGCUGGAAUAGCUGAUUUGCAAUAGCAAACCUUUGCUGUCUCUCACUAGAUAACAAGAGUAGCAGAGGGAUUCUCAAUUCUCCAAAUAUCCCACAGCUGACCAACAUGACUGAGACCUCAAGGAAGAUGGAAAUGCUAGUCUGCCAAGGGGCCACAGGCUGAAAGACUUCAAGUGAUUCCUAGGCUUUGCAGUGCAUACCAUUGAUCAGUCACUCCCCUGUUCUUGCCCUGGGUGAGCUCGGGAACCAGUGCACCGACAUUUACACUUUGUCGUAUGGUCACCAUCUCAGGCUGGAUCAGGGUUUUAGAUGCCAAUGCACUAUAGAUGUUACCUAGAAUACUUUAGUUAGGCUGAAGCUUGGAUGUAAAAACACGCUGGAAAGGAGGCAAUAUGUUUCAUGCUCUUGAUUACCUUCAUUAACCUCGAAUGACCUAGCGAUCAUCUGUGGACUCUGAAGUAGAUGAUGCAGACUGAGCAGGUCAGACUUAUAUAUUUGACAGGACCCAGGACCAGACUGGUGAAAGUGUCAAUUGAAUUUCCGACCCAUGCAGGUACAAAUGGAGGGUUUUAAUCUUCAAUGCUUUCUUACGUCUUCUGCUCACUACAUAAUGCAAAGGCCACUGAACUUGAACAAACCCUGUGGAGAAUUUACUGCUGUGCUUUAUUCAGGGACUCAAAACAUGUUCUUUUUUCACAACUUAACAGCACGUACAGCCCAUCACGGGGAGUUGGAGAGUGGGACCUGAUGAGGUUCUGUCAACUCUUGACUACAUUCCAGACUUGCGUUAUAAACAAACUGGGUUUCCAACUGAGUGUUGAUACAAACAAGCGUUUAUUCUUGUCAGUUCCAUCCCAACUUAAAGACACUUUUGGCUAGCUAAGGAGAAGGCUCCAUUUGAAACAAAUUCAAUUGAAUAUGUUUUUUAAAGUUAAAUGAAGCUAUGUUUGAUUUGAAAGCUCUGCCUGGGCUAGCUGUACGAAAAGUCUGUGGACAGGAUUGGGUGUUGAGUAUUGGAAUGAUGACCCCAUGUUACUGACCUCUGCUGCUUUGAGCAUGAAGCGGGUUUGGUCUUUCUAAUUUACACUUACUCCACAAGUGAUAGCAGGCUAGGAAAUUAGAGAAAAAAAAUUAAGAUAUUUGAGCCUAGAAAUUACUGAUGAAAAUAGUGGUAGACAAGCCCUGUGUUUGACAGGUUCAUACUAGGCAUUAAUCUGUUAAAACAAACUGCCAAUGCUGGUUAAAAUAGUCAAUUGAGGGAUGUUAUACAAACAUAUUUAUUAAAUGUAUAUCUGUCCAUUAAUGACAACAGGGAUUUCUGGGCUUCUCGCCAUUUUAUGGUGUUUUUUAUGAUUUUUCAUUGCAUGCCCUCUAUUUAAUAUGCUGCUUAAAUUUUAAAAUUAAACUAUUAACCCCAUCUAAAGAAUUAAGAGCACAGAGACAAAUGAGGUGCUGUGACUCAGUGAUGCCCCUUGUACACAGCCCAGGGGAGGUGGACAUAAGUCUGUUAUCCAUUGUCCUCUGGCCUAUUCCCCUCUGCUCCUUGUGUCUGUGGACAGAGAUCCACAGAGGGUGCGAUCAGAAAGAAGCCUUGAAAUGGAGCUGGCACUGGAUUAAUGCUCAACAGGUUUGUCUUAAAUUCCUCUCAGUUAUUGCAGCGGAGAUGAUGACAGCUUAUUUUAAAAAGAUUAACACCUCCGGGUGAGAACAGCAAACAAAGGAGAAGCAUCUUAACCAUUUGCAUUGAGAGUUUUCUUUGACCCAAUUUCAGGGACAAGGUGAUAAUCACUUUUUUUUUAAAGAUUGGCUGAUCAGUUUAACUCUAUAGGGCAAGGGAGCUCCCACGAUCAUGACAUGGGGUCACAGGUCAGCUGUUGUCGAACCAGCAUUGAACAUGACAGCGACGGACCUGCAACAUUUACACUGAAAGGCCACACGUACCAACUCCACCUUUCCCCUCUGACCUUGACCCCGCCAAUUGGCCUGUUGAGGUCCAGAGACUGGUAUUUGGUCAGUUACAAAUCUACUUGAAAAGCUGGGUGUGUAUGGUUGCCAGGCAGCCAGCAACUAGCUUGUUCUUCUCCAAACAGCGGGAGAGUUUCCUCUACAGGGUAAAUAGGGUAAUAAGGGAACCAGUGUUCUGAAUGUACAUAUUUAUUUAUGUGUAAUUUAAUGGGUAAUGUAAAUACGGUCCAACCUAAAAUCCUUUUAAAAAAUGUGUUUACUUCUUGUAAAUAGGGGUUAGUCUUCCCGUUUUCUUAUUUUUUUGGAGAAGUAUUUUCCUGUUAAUGGGUAAACUAGGAUAUAAUUCCUUAUUCAUUCCUGCACAGUUAUAAUGAUGAGAAACAUAAAACAGGGUAUUUAAAUGUGUUGGAGGUGCAGAGUGCCUGGCAGUGAGUUGAAAGCUGUGUUCUUCCUCAACACUCACCCAACUCUCUGGAAAAAGCAAUAAUUAUUCUUUGUGCGAGUUAUAUGGUACUUUGUGUAAAUGAAGUGAGAGAAUUUUUUAAAAAUCUCUUCUGUCUGUGAAUUUUAAGCAAAUGGAUGUUUAAGUACAGCUCCUGAAAAGAUGUGGAUUCAGUGUCUUUCUGUCCUGUAAUACAACAUCAAUUGAGAAAAAAUAA